GAGAAGCAAAAUGGCUGCGACGACGGCGGCCGCGGCGGCGGCGGUGGUAGCGGCGGCGACGGAGGAGGACACGGAGCUGCGGGACCUGCUGGUUCAGACGCUGGAGAACAGCGGAGUCCUCAAUAGGAUCAAGGCUGAACUACGGGCAGCUGUAUUUUUAGCACUUGAAGAGCAAGAAAAAGUAGAGAACAAAACACCUUUAGUGAAUGAAAGCCUGAAAAAGUUUUUAAAUACUAAAGAUGGUCGUUUAGUGGCAAGUCUUGUUGCAGAAUUCCUUCAGUUUUUCAAUCUUGACUUUACCUUGGCCGUCUUUCAGCCUGAAACUAGUACAGUUCAUGGGCUUGAAGCUCGAGAGAAUUUAGCCCGAGAUUUAGGAAUUAUUGAAGCAGAAGGCACUGUAGGUGGACCUUUACUAUUAGAGGUAAUCAGACGAUGUCAGCAUAAAGAAAGAGGUUCAAUUAGUGGGGAGGGAGAACUAGAUCUAUCUGAUUUGCAUUCUCCACCAAAAUCUCCAGAUGGAAGGAUAACAAGCUCUCAUACAGUACCAAGUAAGAUACCAAGGUAUAAAGGACAAGGUAAAAAGAAGAAAAGCGGGGAGAAGGCUGGUGAAAAGAAGGCCACUGAAACAAAUCAGACUGAUACAAGUAUCUCCUCAUCGUCAGAAAUAAAGACCAGAAGCCAUCAUAUCUUAGCGAGUGAAACAAAACUUGGUUCUUCCUUAAACAAUAGAGGUCUGGAUGGCAAAGACAAAGUUGGUAGAUGUCCAACUGAAAAUGACAUGGAUGGAGAUUCCUUCUUUGAUGAUCCUAUUCCUAAGCCAGAAAAAAGUUUUGGUUGGAAAAGUGAAUCAAGCAAACAAGUAGGAAGCCUUGCAUCACUUUCUGAUGCACCUCCCUUAAAAAGUGGACUUAGCUCCCUUACUGGAACACGUUUAUUAAAAGAAUCUGAAAAUUCGAGGGGAAGCUCGGUAUUGAGAGAUCUGAAGAUGGUCAGUGAUAAAAUUGGAUCUCUUGGAUUAGGAACUGGAGAUGAAGAGGAGUACAUGGAUGAUUUUAAUAGUACCAUAAGUCAUCGCUCAGAGAAAAGUGAAAUAAGUAUUGGUGAAGAAAUAGAAGAAGACAUUUCUGUGGAACUAGAUGACAUCAAUAUCAAUGAUAAACUUGAAGACCUCACACAGGACCUUACUGUUUCUCAACUUAGUGAUGUUGCAGAUUAUCUAGAAGAUGUUGCAUAGAUAUGAAAGAAGGAGGAGCAAAAAGGACUCCACCUGAGAGAGAUUGGAAAUGGGGCUGGGAGAUGAUGAAAAAGAAGAAUUGCUUGGAAGCCACAACCUCAGGGCUGGAGCAUUUGGGAGGAAAGAAGACAGACCGAAUCAGGUGCCCACAUGCACAAAGAUAACCCAUACAAAAGAUGUAACUGGUAGGUACCCCUGCCUGGCUCUAGCUAAAACUUUUGCCUUGUUAGUAUUGUCUCAUGCUACUUGGGCUAUGGCAUGUGUUCUGCCUUUCUACCACCCUUAUGUUACAUUUCCAUUUGCAGUUGCUUAUAUUUUAAGGUGUUUUUUAUUUGUAAUCUAAUCAGAUAAUUUGUAUUUUAUGAAAUAAUUUUCCUUGCAAAUGCAUAAUUUUUAAAUGUCCUUUUCAUUUUCUAGUAAUUUGAAGAUAUACUUCUGUUUCACAGGAUUUAAUUCUAUAAGAGAUCUUAGCUGUCAUCUGCUCUAAUAUAAGAGGCAGCUAGUGAUGCAGUAGGUGGGGCAUCGUACCUGAAGUCAUGAAGACUUGAGUUCAUAUCUGGUCUCAGACACUUUAUUAGGAUUCUGGGCAAGUUGAGUAACUUUUGUCUACCUUAGUUUCCAUAUCUGUAACAUGGGGAUAAUAGCAUCUACCUCCUGGGGUAGUGAGAAUCAGAUAAGAUAAUAUUUUUAAAAAGCAGUUAGCCCCACUGCCUGGAACAUAGGAAGUAUUAUAUAAAUAUUUAUUUCCUAUCCUUCAUUUUACAGAUGAGGAAACAGACUCACAGAGAUCACAGAAUUUGAGAAUCGGAAGGGACCUCAUUGGCUAGAUAUAUAUCCAUCCCAUACCGUAAAGGAAUUUCCAUUAUUACAUAACUGUCUCUACUUGAGGGUCUUUGUGGAAAGAAAAACUCAUCCCAAGGCAACUCAUUCAACUUUUGGACAUCUCUAAUUUUUAGAAAGUUUUUUUCCUGAUAUCACAAGCCAAAUUUCCCUCUUGUCCACUUCUACCCAUUGCACCUGACUUUUCCCUCUGGCAAUAAGUCUAAAUAUCUCCUCCACAUGACAGACCUUUAAAUGCUUGAAGACAGUUAUCUUGAUUUUUCUAAAUUUUCUCCAAACUAAACAUAUCAUUUAGUUGAUCCUCCUCUGACAUGGGUUUAAGCCCCUUCAUCAAUCUUAUUGCCCUUUUCUGGACAAUCUUAGCUUAUCCAAUGAAAAACCUUAAACCUUGAUGCCCAGAACUGAACACUUAGUAAAGCAUAAAUAAAUUAACAGGAUUUGAAAGAUUCAGAUCACAAUGUAGGAAUCCAACAGGAAUUUCUACUCUCACGACUAAUCUUAGGAAUUUAGGCUGAUAGGUAUCUAUAACCUGGGUCUGGUUAGAAAAGGUUUUUAACUUCUUCUAAAACAUGCAAAUGCCAUCUAAUUACUAAUUUAAAGAAAUAAUGCAAGUCAUGUAUGAAGAUACUGUAUUAGUGUCAAAAUCAAACUCAAAAUUUGUAUUCCUGAAAAUUGUAUAUUUAUAGUAAUUAGAGUUCCUAUAAAAUGGAAAAUUUGAUGGUGGCACUCAUUUAUACACUUAUCUUUCCAUCUGGAUAAUAACUCUCUGCCUCACUUGCCUAUCAGUCUUGUUAUAUCUCAUAUGUGUUUUGUGUUUGUUUCUGCUUAAAGCUCCUAUAGCCACACUCCUUCCAUUACCCUACAGAAAUCCUACCUUUAAUAUCUAUAACCCUUUAAGAAUCAUGUUCCUGAAAGCUCAGUGGAUAAAGUGCUGGGCCUGCAAUCAGGAAUUUGAGUUCAAAUGGAACAUCAAGACACUUACUAGCUAUGUCCCUUGGUGAGUCUCCUAAUUUCUCUGUCUGUUUCCUCAACUGUAAAGUAGUGAAAGAGCACCUACCCACAUGGUUGUUAUGAGGAUUAAAUGAAAUAAUAUUUGUAAAAGGUACUUAGCACAGGACCUGGUGAAUAGCCACUGUAUAAAUGCUUAUUCUCUCCCUUUUCUGUCCUGACCCUAAAGUCCUUUUUAUUGUAUUUCCCCAGUGGCCCUCAUAUAGUACUUUAUUGGCACAUCUCUUAAUUUAGAAAUUUAAAAAUAAUUUUGUAGAUUUGACUAUUCUCUUAGUGGCAGAUCAUAACCUUUUAUUUUGCAGAUUGUUAUCAAGAAUUGCUGUGGUAGAAAUAUUUAUCAUCCUUUAGCCAAACUGCAGAAUUAGUUUUUAUAUAGUAUAGUUAUUUGUAUAUGUGUCAUGAUUCCUUCCCAAUUAGAACAGAGAAAAUGCUAUCUGAACUUUCUGUACUUCCUCAUUUUCCCUUUGUAUCUGGAACAUAUUUCAUUUUCACUCUGACUUUCAUCUCUUGCAUUGACUCAUUCUCCUUUCAAGAAGUUUUUUCAGAUUAUCCUCACCCUUUUUCUCCAUGCCAGGUCUCUAGAGAAUAAAUAGAAGGAACUCCAUUGCCAAAGGAUGAAGAAGUAGCCUGUUUUGGAAAUCUAACUAUAUAGGAUGCAAUCUCACUUUAGGGCAUUACUUGUAUAGGAGAUUGGGGAGAUGAUGUAUAUGUUUAUUUAUUUGUAUUUUGUUUCUAUCUGUUUGAGUUAUCUUUUACUGCCACCUCUUUCUCAAGCUACUUAAAGAUGGUGGUGCUGCAUCUAACAAUUUGAUCUCAUUUGCAUCUAACUCAAAUCAUCCAAUGACAAGUGUAUCAAUUAAUUUUAUUUUUUAAAAUAAGUUUUUUUAAUGUCUUAUAUUUUUAUGUCAUCUUAAUUGUCCCAGUAUUCAUUCCUUCCCCAGAGAACCAUCCUAUGUAAAAAAUAGUAUUUUUUUAAAAUAUAGGGAAAAAAGUUUGAAAAUGCAAAGUGUAACACUUGUAGACCUCUUAUCUCUGAAAGAAGAGGUUAGAAGUGCCCUUCACCUUUUUUUUUUUAAAUUAAUACUCAUUUUAAAAAAUCUGAAUUCCAAAUUCUGCCCAGUUCCCCUGCCCCACUGAGAAGGCAAGUAAUAUGAUAACUAUUAUAUAUGUGAAAUCAUUUUCUUACAUAUAGUUAUUUUCAGAUUGGCCAUAUUGUGAAAAUGAAAAAAUAAUGCCCUUCAAUUUGCACCUAGAGUUUAUCAGUUCUUCCUCUGGAAGUGAAUAGCAUUUUUCAUCAUGAGACCUUUGAAUUUUUUUUAUCAUUGUGUUUAUCAGAAUAGCUAAGUUUUCAUUAUUGUUAAUAAUGUUAUGUACAGUAUUUUCCAUACUUUACUUUGCAUCAGUUUGUACAAGUCUUCCCAGGGUUUUUUGAAACUAUCCCCUACUCAUUUCUUUAUAACAUAGUAGCUAGCAUUCAUUACAAUUAUAUACCCCAACUGAUUGUUUUUCCUCAAUUUCUAGUUCUUUGCCACCAUAAAGACCUUUUCUUUUUUCUUUGAUCUCUUUGGGAUACAAAUGUAGUACGGAUAUUGCUGGGUCAAAGGAUAUGCCCAAUUUUUAUAACCCUUUGGCAUAAUUCCAAAUUGAUUUCCAGAAUGGUUAGAUCAUUUCACAACUUUUACCAACAAUGCAUUAGGGUUCCUACUUUUCCAUAUCCCCUCCAGCAUUUGUCAUUUUCCUUUUCUUUCAUAUUGGCCAAUCUGAUAGGUAUGAGGUGGUACAUCAGAAUUGUUUUAAUUUUCAUUUUUCUUACAUAAUAUGAUCUAAAGCAUUUUUUCCUUUUGAGUAUUGAUAGCUUUGAUUUCUUUUUUCUGAAAAUUGCCAUAGAUAUCCUUUGACCAUUUAUUGAUUGAGGAAUGGCAAUUUUCAUAAAUUUUCAUUAAUUCCCUAAUGUAUUUGAGAAAUGAAUCCUUUAUCAGGAAAAUUUGCUAUAAAUUUUGUUUUCCUCUUUUUGUUUUUCUUCUAAUUUUGGCUGCAUUGGUUGUGUGUGUGUGUGUGUGUGUGUGAGAAACCUUUUUCAUUUACUGUAAUCAAAACUAUCCAUUUUAUUUCCCAUGAUCCUCUCUCUUGUUUGGUCAUAAACUCUUCACUUAUCCAUAGAUCUAACAGGUAAAUUUUUCCAUCCUCCCAUAAUUAUAUCACCCUUUAUGUCUAAAUCAUGUACCCGUUUUUGACCUUAUUUUGUUUUGUAUAUGGUGGGAGAUGUUGGUCUGUACCUAGUUUCUACCAAAUUACCUUCUAGUUUUCAAAGCAGUUUUUGUCAAACGGUGAUUUCUUGCCCCCAAACUUGGUUCUUUAUCAUAUGCUAAAAUAACUUUGGCCAUUUACUACUGUAUAUUUUAUAUAUAUAUAAUAUAUAUAUAUAUUGUAUACUUAAUCUAUUUACAUAGAUCUCCUCUUUUCUUAGCCUGUAUCAGAUCGUUUUGAUGAUUGCCACUUUGUAAUAACAAAGUUUGAAAUCUGGUACUGCAAGGCCAAAAGACACUUUUGCUUCAAAAUUUUUUCCAUAGAUUCCAUACAUCUGUAAGUUUAUUGGCCAAAUUCUAGUUUCUAAUUCAUGGAGAACAUAUUCCAAGCACCAGGGAAAAGGGUAUAAUGUACCAAAACACCAUUGUCAAGAUCUAAUAAAAAUAUGUGGUGAUUACUGGAAAAGAAAGUUUGGAAUCAGAUCAAAAGACAGGUAGAAAUGCAGAAGAAGGGAACCCACAACCAAGAGUAAUCUGCACUGUUGAACAUAAAACCUCUAGUUUAAAGAAGGGAUUUUCACUAGAAUUAGUGACUUACAAAUCUUACUGAGAAAAUCAAAGUUAGGUGAAUUGUCUGAAAUGCAAAUACUACAUAUGUGACACCUUGACAGGUAAACACAUUUGAGAAACUUAAGACCUAAAUAUGUUCAAGUGCUUAUAACCUAAAAGGAGUUAAGAGAGAUAAUCUUUGUCCUUUAAGCUUUAUGCCAUCUUCAUAAGUCAGAAAGGUAAUUUAAAAAGACAGAAUCAGGUCUCAUAUGUGUUUAAAGAGAAAAUCAAAGGUGGAGGGUAAGGAAUUACCCCUAGGGAAAGAAUGAAGGACUCCUUGAGUAGAGAAGAUAGUGGAAUAGAGAAGCACUCAGGCAAGCUCUCCCAGUAUUUCCCUCCAAACAAUUUUAAACUAAUCCCUCAAACUGAAUUCAAGAAUGAGAGUUGACAAAAGGUCAAAGUGAGAUAUUCUUCCAGCCCAAGACAACUUGAGAGGUCUGAGAGAUAUGACAUGUUGGUGGAGGCUACUCUGGUGCCCACAUAGAUGUAACAUCAUUGAUGUGAUGGAACUAAGUGUGGUGACAGAAGCAGUGGCAGCAGCUUCAGGAGAUCUGAUUAGACAGUAAGGCCACCUGGAAACUGUUCAGGAAGAGAUUUCAGGGUACUUCUGUGCAUGCACUAGACUAUUGUUUGGUAAUUUAACCUAUAUCCAUUUCCGGGUCAUAGUUCUAGGAUAGUGAGUAGCACUUUUGGUCAGGAGGAAUUGAGAGCUCUAAGGGAUAAUAUCACUUCUGGCUCUAAGGGAUCAGGGACCCCAAGGAACCAUAUUUUUUUUUGGCCCAAAGGUUGAAGGUCCUUGGGGAACAGUAUUGAUUGUAAUCCCAAGGGAUGGGGGACCCUCCCUGGCAAGGUAAAAAAUACAGAUCAAGACAGCAGUGACCAUGCAUAUCCUCUAGAUCAUCAUUUCUGAAGCACUGAAAACAUUUGUCCAAUUUCUAGAACUCUCAGAAAACAGUAGUGUAAAAAAGCCUAAAUGCUUGAGAUAGUGCUCUUCCCACCCCUCACAUGAGACUUCAUGCUGGGAGCAGAGAAUACCAUUCACAAAAAAUUUCAAAUCAAGAAAUAGGAUGGGGAAAAUGAUAAAAAACAAAAAAAGAGCCUGACUAUAAAAGUUACCAUGUUGAGAAGGAAGAUUAAGACACAAACUUAGAAAACAAUGAAAUCAACACAGCUAAAAGCAGUGACUCAAAGGAAAAAAAAUUGAAAUUAGAUAGAAGCCCAACAAGAAUUCCUGGAAGAGGUAAAAUGAUUUUAAGGAUCAAGAAUGGUAGAGGAAAAAUUGGGCAAAGAAAUGAAAGCAAGUUAGAAAAUUUUGAAAAGACAAUAGCUUAGUAAAAGAGGCACCAAAAAAAAAAAGUACUGAAGAAAUUGACACCUUAAAAAAAACAAAAAAAAACAAUUUGCCAAAUAAAAAAGGAGACACAAUAGAAUCUUUAAAAAGAGACCUGGAGAAAACUGAAUGGAAUAGAAAGGAGUAUACUUUUCUUAGCUGUAUGUGUGGCAUCUUCAGAAAAAUCAGCCAUAUAUUAGGGCAUAAACAACUUUUAACUAAAUGCAGAAAAGCAGAAAUGUUAAAUGCACCCUUUUCAGACCCUAAUGCAACAAAAACUACAUUUAAUAAAGGAGCAUGGAAGUUUAAAAACUAAUUGUAAACUAAAUCUGUUCAUAAAGAAUGAAUAUGCAAGGGAACUUUUAUAUCUAAGUGUAUACAAUAAUAAAAGAAAUAGCACAUCAAUGAAUUGGGCAUGCAACUAAAAAAAACUAGAAAAAAGCACAAAUUUUAAAUGCUCAAGUAAACACCAAAAUGGAAAUCCCGAAAAAGGACACAUUAAUAAAAUUGUAAGUAAAGGAUCCAUUGAACUAAUAAGGGUCAGAGCUGGCUUUUUAAAAAAUAAAAUAAAAAAGCCAUUGGUUUAUUUGAUUAAAAAAGAAAAAAAUUAUCAAAAUGUACCAAAAAUGAAAACAGGUAUAAGUACCACCAAUAAAGAGGAAUUUAAAUCACAAAGUAGUUACUUUGCCUGAUUACAAUGCCAAUAAAACUGAUGAUCUAAAUGAAAUGGAGGAAUAUUUCCAAAAAUAUUAACUGCUCAGAUUAACAGAAGAGGAAAUAAAAUACUUAAAUAACUCUAUCUUAGAAAAAAGAAAUUAAAUAAGCAAUCAAUGAACUCUUCACUCCUUAAGAAAAAAUCUUAAAGACUAGAUGGAAUUGCAAGUGAAAUCUACCAGACAUUUAAGGAAUAAUUAAUAACAAUACUAUAUAAGCUAUUUGAAAUAAUAGAGUCCAGAUUCCUUCUCUGAAACAAAUGUGAUUUUUAUACCUAAACCAAAGAAAGCAAAAAGAGAAAGAAAACCAAAGGCCAGUUUCCUUAAUGAAAAUCCAUGCAAAAUUUUAAAACACUAGCCAAGGAGGUUACAGAAUAUAUCACAAAGAUCAUACACUAUGGCCACAUAGGAUUUAUAGAUUUAUACCAGGACUGUAUGGCAGGUUCCAUAUCAAGAAGCUAUCAGCACAAUUGCCCAUGUCAAUAUUAUUGUUAUUGCUCUAACAACAAAAAUCAUAUGAAUAUCUCAAUAGGUUCUGUAUCUCAAUAGCCUCUGAAAAAUACAACACUCAUUCCUAUUAAAAACCAACCACAGAAGCAUAAGAAUCAAUGGAGUCUUUCUUAAAAUGUUAAGUGUCUAUCUAAAACAAAGAGCAAGCGUUGUAUGUUAUGAGGAUAAACUUGAAACCUUCCCAAUAUGAUCAGGAGUGAAGCAAGGAUGGCCAUUAUCACCACUAUUAUUGAAUAUUGUACUAGAAAUGCUAGCUAUAGCAAUAAAAAUAAAGGAAACAAAAUUACCACUGCAAAUGAUUUGAUGAUAUACUUUGGGAAUCCUAGAGAAUUAACUAAAAGGCUAGCCUGAAACAACAAUUUAAGCAAAAUUGAAGGAUACACAAUCAAUACACAUAAGUCACGAGCAUUUCUAUAUAGUAUCAACAAAAUCCAGCAGCAGAAUGUAAAAAGAGAGAUUCCUUUUAAAAUAACUGCAGAUGAUGUAAAAUACUCGAUAGUCUACACGUCUACGUGCCCAGAUAAACCUAGGGAUUAAAUGAACCAGGGAAAGCUAGCAGACCUAAUGGAUAGAGAGCCAGGCCUAGAUACAGGAGGUCCUGGGUUCAAAUGUGGACUCAGAUACUUCCUAGCUAUGUGACCCUGGGCAAGUCAUUUAAUCCUGGUUGCCUAGUCCUUAUCACUUUACUGGCUUGCAACUGAUGCCUAUUAUCGAUUCUAAGACAGAAGGCAAGGUAUUUUUUUUUUUUAUGUAAAAAAUAAUUAUCAACACAAUUACAAAAUACUUCACAUAAAGAUAUCUAAAGAAUUAGAGAAAUAUCAAAUUGUCCAUGGGUAGGUGCAAUCAACAUAAGAAAAGUAUCAAUUCUACUUAAUUUACUUAUUCAGUGCCAUACCAAUUGAACUACUCAGGAAUUAAAGAGCUAGAAAAAAACAAUCUAGAACAAAAGGUCAGUAAUAUCAUUGGAAUCAAUGGGGAAACAUGUUAAUAAGGAAGGUAGAUUAGCAGUUCUGUUUCAGACUAUAUUAUAGAGUGAUAAUCAUCAAAGCAGUAGUACUUUCUAAGAAAUAGUGAUGAAUUAGUGGAAUAGAUCAGCUACACUACACAAUAGUAAAAGACCAUUGUAAUCUAUUGUUUGCUAAAUCCAAAGAUCUAAGUUUUGCAGGCUAAGAACUGGACAUCUUGACAAAAAUUGACGUUAAACUAGAAAACAAUUUAGCAGAAAUUAGACAUAGCAUAUCCAACAUCUUAUACCAUAUACCAAGAUAAAGUUAAAAUAGAUGAAUUGAUCUAGACAUAAAGGGAAGUAUCAUAAGUUAUCAUAAGUAAAUUAGUGAAUGGAAAAAUGUACCUAUCAGAUCUAUAAAUAAACAAUUUAUGACCAAAUGAGAUAGAAUAAUGGGAAAUAGUUUUGAUUACAUGAAAUUAAAAAGCUUUUGUACAAACAAAACAUAGUUAAAAUUGGAAGGAAAAUGAGGAAAUUUUUGGCAGCAAGUUUCUCUGAUAAUGGCCCCUUUUCUCAAAUAUAUAGGUAACUGAGGCAAAGUUAUAAAAAUAAAAACCGUCUCCAGUUGAUAAAUGGUCAAAGGAUAUGAACAGGCAGUUUUUAAACAAAAAACAAACAAACAAAGCUAUCAACAGUUAUAUUUAAAAAAUGCUUUAAGUCACUACUGAUUAGAGAAAUGCAAAGUAAAAUACUGGCUUACCACCUCACACUUACCAGAUUGAUUAACAUGAUGGAAAAGGAAAAUGACAGAUGCUGGAGGGUAUGUGGAAAAAUAGGGACAUUAAUAAACUAUUGAUGGAUUUGUGAACUAGUCCAACCAUUUUGGAGAAGAAUUUGGAAUUAUACCAAUGGGAUUGCACAUACCCUGUGUCCCAAAGAGAUCAAAGAAAAGGGAAAAGGUUUGGUCAGGGGUAAGACCUAGUAUGAGUUGGGUGAAGAGUAGAAUGGGAAAGGAUUGGAUUAGAUAUUUCAAAUUCUAGAUUACUAGCAUUGAUUUAAUUUCCUUACAUUUUUUUCAUUAUAGGAGAAGCAGUUACAGGGUGAUCAUAAUAUAAUGUAAAGGAAAAAUAACUGAGGUACUUCAUAACAAUGGUUAAUGAAAUGACUCAGUUAUAAUUUGGUAGAGGUGCAGAAAACAUGGCCAAUGUGUCAAUUUGAUUUGCCUAAUUAUAAUUAUUUAUUACAACUCAAGUCUUUUUUAGAUAGUUGUAUGAGUUAGUGGGUAGAGACAAUGGUGUAAAACAAAAAAUGGAAAAGAGAAUCAUUAAGACAUUUAAAAAAAUACACAAAAUUCAGAAGUGGCAAAAUAGCAAUCUUGUUAAAUUUUAAAAUUGAUUGUGUUUUUAUAAAACAUUUAACAAAAUUUCAUGUUUUCUUAAAUCUCUUACUUUAAUAUUCUUCUGCCCUAAUUCCCCUAAAAGUGGAAAAUAUUCCCACUUACCUGAUUCUGAGCCUGGCUUUUAGAAUUUUUGUCACUACAAUUGGCUAUCUUUAUGACUCUUGGCAUCAGUUCAGGAGACCAUUAUCCAUUUUCAAUAGCCAAGUUGCCCUUUUCAUAGCAACUCUGAUCAUCCAGAAAGUGAUCAAAUAUAUAAACAUAAAUCCUUAUCUAACAUCUAAUCUACUAGUGUUUAAGAUCAUGACUAUCCAACCUGGACCCACCUAGAUUGAUGAAUAUUUGACCUUGGUCCUUCAGAUAUCUCAAUGUUGCAUAAUAAUAGAUAAUUAGACAAUGAUCUGGGAAGAUAUAGAACCAGAAUCUGAUUCUACUACUUAAUAAACCUUUAUCAGAAACAUUUUCUGUUCUGUGUUAAAAGAAUUUUGUGCCAUUAUUUACUUUGAGAAAAAUGAUUUAUGGUCUAUCAUCCAUUAUCUUUUUGUGACCUCUAUUGUACUUAAAAUUUGUUAUUGUGACACACUUGUGUAUAGAAUAUAUUCUGUAAUGAAGCAGCAGAUUACACAAGGGUUUGGAAGAAGAUCUAAAAAUAGUCUAUGUAGAUGUUUAGUUUAUUUGAGCGUGGUUGGUACCUGGAUAUUGAUAAUUUGUUAUUAAUAAGAUGUAGAAUCAUUUGCAUUGCUUUUUUUUAAAAAAGAAACAAAUCUCAUCCCAAGUCUAUUGUAGUAAUAAAAGGGUAAAAAACACCUUUUGGGUAACUUCACUUAUAUAGCCAUGAAGCUUAGGCACAGAAGCCACAUGUUUCCAAAAAGUGCUGUCAUCUAUAGUUCACAUCUAUUAGGAUAUGAUCCAUAACAAAAUUGCAUCCUACUAAGGGAAGAUUGAGAAGACUAAAGUGAACAACUUUAAAUAAUAAGUAAUAAUAAUUAAAAGUAAUUAAGGAGAAUAAGUAAUUGAAAUGAAAGAUGAUAAGAUUAUAUAUGUCAAAAAUAAUUGAUUCUAAUGGGAUAAGAGGCAUUGAGCAUAAUCUAACACUAAGUUGUAGAAAUCGAAUAUAUAUCAAAUUUUUUUUUUAAUUUUUAAACAUUAUUUUAUUUGGUCGUUUUCAUACAUUAUUCACUGGAAACAAAGAUCAUUUUCUUUUCCUCCCCUCCCCCACCCCGCCUUUCCCUCUCCCAUAGCCAACGCAUGAUUCCACUGGUUAUCACAUGUGUUCUUGACUCGAACCCAUUUCCCUGUUGUUGGAAUUUGCAUUAUAGUGUUCAUUUAGAGUCUCUCCUCAGUCUUAUCUCCUCCAACCCUGUAGUCAAGCAGUUGCUUUUCAUCGGUGUUUUUACUCCCACAGUUUAUCCUCUGCUUGUGGGUAGUAUUUUUUAGAUCCCUGCAGAUUGUUCAGGGACAUUGCAUUGAUACUAAUGGAGAAGUCCAUCACCUUCGAUUGCACCACAAUGUAUCAGUCUCUGUGUAUAAUGUUUUCCUGGUUCUGCUCCUCUCGCUCUGCAUCACUUCCUAGAGGUUGUUCCAGUCUCCAUGGAAUUCCUUCACUUUAUUAUUCCUUUUGGCACAAUAGUAUUUCAUCACCAACAUAUACCACAAUUUGUUCAGCCAUUCCCCAAUUGAAGGGCAUCCCCUCAUUUUCCAAUUUUUGGCGACCACAAAGAGCGCAGCUAUGAAUAUUCUUGUACAAGUCUUUUUGUCCAUUAUCUCUUUGGGGUACAGACCCAGCAGUGCUAUGGAUGGAUCAAAGGGCAGACAGUCUUUUAGUGCCCUUUGGGCAUAGUUCCAAAUUGCCCUCCAGAAUGGUUGGAUCAAUUCACAUUCCACCAGCAAUGAAUUAAUGUCCCCACUUUGCCACAUCCCCUCCAGCAUUCAUUACUUUGCAUAGCUGUCAUGUUAGCCAAUCUGCUAGGUGUGAGGUGAUACCUCAGAGUUGUUUUGAUUUGCAUCUCUCUGAUUAUAAGAGAUGUAGAACACUUUUUCAUGUGCUUAUUAAUAGUUUUGAUUUCUUUGGCUGAAAACAGCCUGUUCAUGUCCCUUGCCCAUUUGUCAAUUGGAGAAUGGCUUGAUUUUUUGUACAAUUGAUUUAGUUCUUUAUAAAUUUUGGUAAUUAAACCUUUGUCAGAGGUUUUUAUGAAGAUUGUUUCCCAAUUUGUUGCUACCCUUCUGAUUUUGGUUACAUUGGUUUUGUUUGUACAAAACCUUUUUAAUUUGAUGUAAUCCAGAUUAUUUUGCAUUUUGUAACUCUUUCUAAUUCUUGCUUGGUUUUGAAGUAUUUCCCUUCCCAAAGGUCUGACAUGUAUACUAUUCUGUGUUCACCUAAUUUUCUUAUAGUUUCCUUCUUUAUGUUCAAUUCAUUCACCCAUUUUGAAUUUAUCUUGGUGUAGGGUGUGAGGUGUUGAUCUAAGCCUAAUCUUUCCCACACUGUCCUCCAAUUUUCCCAGCAGUUUUUAUGAAAUAGUGGAUUUUUGUCCCAAAAGCUAGGAUCUUUGGGUUUGUCAUAUACUGUCUUGCUGAGGUUGCUUGCCCCCAGUCUAUUCCACUGAUCCUCCUUUCUGUCUCUUAGCCAGUACCAAAUUGUUUUGAUGACCUCUGCUUUGUAAUAUAGUCUGAGAUCUGGGACUGCAAGACCCCCUUCCUUUGUAUUUUUUUUUUCAUUAUUUCCCUGGAUAUCCUUGAUCUUUUGUUCUUCCAAAUGAACUUUGUUAUGGUUUUUUCUAAAUCAGUAAAAAAAAUUUUGGAAGUUCCAUGGGUAUGGCACUAAAUAGAUAGAUGAGUCUGGGUAGGAUGGUCAUUUUUAUUAUAUUGGCUCGUCCUACCCAUGAGCAGUUAAUGUUCUUCCAAUUGUUCAAGUCUACUUUUAGUUGUGUGGAAAGUGUUUUGUAGUUGUGUUCAUAUAGAUCCUGUGUUUGUCUCGGGAGAUAGAUUCCUAAGUAUUUUAUUUUGUCUAAGGUAAUUUUGAAUGGGAUUUCUCUUUCUAGUUCUUGCUGCUGAGCUGUGUUGGAAUUAUAUAGAAAUGCUGAUGACUUAUGUGGGUUUAUUUUGUAUCCUGCAACUUUGCUAAAGUUGUUGAUUAUUUUGAUUAGCUUUUUGGUUGAAUCUCUAGGAUUCUUUAAGUAGACCAUCAUGUCAUCUGCAAAGAGUGAUAAUUUGGUCUCCUCCUUGCCUAUUUUAAUGCCUUCAAUUUCUUUUUCUUCUCUAAUUGCUACUGCUAGUGUUUCUAAUACAAUGUCAAAUAAUAGAGGUGAUAAUGGGCAUCCUUGUUUCACUCCUGAUCUUAAUGGGAAUGGAUUUAGUUUAUCCCCAUUGCAGAUGAUAUUAGCUGAUGGUUUUAGAUAUAUACUGUUUAUUAUUUUUAGGAAUGACCCUUCUAUUCUUAUGCUUUCUAGUGUUUUUAGUAGGAAUGGGUGUUGUAUUUUAUCAAAGGCUUUUUCUGCAUCUAUUGAGAUAAUCAUGUGGUUCUUGUUGGUUUGCUUGUUGAUGUGGUCAAUUAUGUGGAUAGUUUUCCUAAUGUUGAACCAGCCCUGCAUCCCUGGUAUAAAUCCUACUUGAUCAUGGUGGAUGAUCCUUCUGAUCACUUGCUGGAGUCUUUUUGCUAGUAUCCUAUUUAAGAUUUUUGCAUCUAUAUUCAUUAGAGAUUGGUCUAUAAUUUUCUUUCUCUGUUUUUGGCCUGCCUGGCUUUGGAAUUAGUACCAUGUUUGUGUCAUAAAAAGAGUUUGGUAGAACUCCCUCUUUGCUUAUUAUGUCAAAUAGUUUGUAUAGUAUUGGGAUUAACUGUUCUCUGAAUGUUUGAUAGAAUUCACUGGUGAAUCCAUCAGGCCCUGGAGAUUUUUUCUUAGGAAGUUCUUUGAUGGCCUGUUGGAUUUCUUUUUCUGAUAUGGGAUUAUUUAAGAAAACUAUUUCUUCUUCUGUUAGUCUAGGCAAUUUAUAUUUUUGUAAAUAUUCAUCCAUAUCACCUAGGUUGGUAUAUUUAUUGCCAUAUAGUUGGGCAAAGUAGUUUUUAAUGAUUGCCUUAAUUUCCUCUUCAUUGGAGGUGAGAUCCCCCUUUUCAUCCUUGAUGCUGUUAAUUUGCCUUUCUUCUUUCCUUUUUUAAAUUAGAUUAACCAGUACUUUGUCUAUUUUGUCUGUUUUUUCAAAGUACCAGCUUCUAGUCUUGUUUAUUAGCUUAAUAGUUCUGUCACUUUCUAUUUUAUUAAUUUCUCCCUUAAUUUUUAGGAUCUCUAGUAUGGUUUUCUUCUGGGGGUUUUUAAUUUGUUCAUUCUCAAGUUUUUUGAUUUGCAUUUCCAAUUCCUUGAUCUCUGUCCUCCCUAAUUUGUUAAUAUAUGCACUCAGGGAUAUGAAUUUUCCUCUAAGUACUGCCUUGGCUGCAUCCCAUAAGGUUUGAAAGGAUGUUUCGCCGUUGUCAUUUUCUUCAAAGAAAUUGUUAAUUGUUUCUAUGAUUUCUUCUAUAACUAUCCGAUUUUGGAGUAUCAUGUUAUUUAAUUUCUAAUUAAUUUUUCAUUUGGGUCUCCAUGUACCCUUGCCGAUCAAUAUUUUUAUUGCCUUGUGAUCUGAAAUGGCUGCAGUUAUUAUUUCUGCUUUUCUGCAUUUGAGUGCCAUGUUUCUGUGACUUAGUGUAUGAUCUAUUUUUGUGAAUGUGCCAUGUGGUGCUGAAAAGAAGGUGUAUUCUUUUUUGUCCCUAUUUAUUUUUCUCCAUAUGUCUAUUAACUCUAAUUUUUCUAAGAUUUCAUUCACCUCUUUUACCUCUUUCUUGUUUAUUUUUUUAUUUGAUUUAUCUAAAUUUGAUAGUGGUUGGUUCAAGUCUCCUACUAAUAUGGUUUUACUGUCUAUUUCCUCCUUCAAUUCUCCUAGUUUCUCUAUUAAAAAUUUGAAUGCUAUACCAUUUGGUGCAUACAUGUUGAUUAGUGAUAUUUCCUCAUUGUCUAUACUCCCUUUUAGCAGAAUAUAUUUACCUUCCCUAUCCCUUUUGAUCAGGUCUAUUUGUUCUUUGGCUUUGUCAGAUAUCAUGAUUGCAACUCCUGCCUUCUUUCUAUCAGUUGAGGCCCAAAAGGUCUUACUCCAACCUUUGAUUCUAACCUUGUGAGUGUCAACCCAUCUCAUAUGUGUUUCUUGAAGACAACAUAUGGUAGGGUUUUGGGUUCUAAUCCAAUCUGCUAUUUGUCUACGUUUUAUGGGUGAGUUCAUCCCAUUCACGUUCAAAGUUAUGAUUGUUAUUUGUGGAUUCGCUGGCAUUUUGAUAACUUCCCCUAGUUCUGACCUUUCUUCUUUAGCUGUCUCCUUUUGAACCGGUGAUUUACUUUAGGUCAGUCCCCCUAGUCCCCUCCCUUGAGAUGCUUCCCUUUCUAGCCCCUCCCUUUUUAUGUUCCCUUCCCCUCCCCUUCCCUCCCUUUUUAUACUCCCUCCCCCCUCCCCCUCCUUAGUUUUCCUUUCUUUCUUGCCCUAAUGGAUAAGAUAGAAUUCAGGAUCCCACUGGAUCUCAAAUUUUUAAACUACAAAAAUCAAACAUUAGAUCUUCAUAGUCUUUUGAAUUUCCUUUCAGUUUGUUAUUGGCAGUUUUCAAAGCAAAUACUUGAUUCAGGUAGCACUAAAGAGCAGAAGUUCAUGAUUGCAUAUCCUUUAUAUUAAUAAGAUUAAAAUCACAAGCUCUCACUGUAUGAACUAGCUAUUGGCAAUGCAAAACUUUAGUGGCUAUGUUGAAUUCCAUUAAGAUCUAUUUUUCAAGCAGUUUUAGAGCAAGAUGUUUCCAGUGACCUGGAUUGGGAAAAACAUCUGCCAAAGAAGCUUUUCCGAAGACCAGCAGGAAUCCAAAAGUCCUAAGAAGAGGAAGGUGACAGCAACAAAAGAUGUCUCCAAAUUCAAAACAUCUGCAGCAUGAGGCUUUGAGUCCUUGGAUAUAAUGGAUAGGACAGUGGGGGUUAGGUGACCAGUCCCUUUCAUGUCUCUCCAUGCACCAUUAUCUUGUUCAUAAGAAGACCCUUGUGCCAGAAGGGUAAUGGCCAUGCAUCUCAAUCUUUUUAACAUCAUGUUAAGAAAUAUCCAAGCAUCAUAGUUAGACUUCCUGAAAUUUAUAAACAUAUGGUGAUUUAUUGGGGGAAAUUGAAGCAGCUGGGAUUAAGAGAUUUGUUUUUAAUAUAUACUGAAUUAUUCCUAUAUCCGAGUUAUAAAUUGGAGACUCUAGUUCUUGGAUUUUUGUACUCAUUUCUUUGUUCUUAGGAACUCCAAGGAAUGUUUCCCCUUUAUAAAACCUAGUUAAGGAGAUGAUGCUUUUCCUACUAGUCUAUGGGACACUUCACCAUUCCCCAAAUGUCAUGGGUUGUCUAACAGAGAGGCUAAAUAAUGAACUCCCAAAUUGUAUUUAUAGACCUGCAUGAAGGAACUUCCUUGUCUUUGACUUUCAAGAGGCUCAUAGGCCUCUAAUUUAUUGAUUAAUUCUAGCUUAAUAAAUUGAUAUUCUUACCCAGAAAUCAGUCUCUUGAAAUUUUUAAUUGUCACAGUAGAAAGUCUCUAGUUGUGGAAGAUUGUAUAUAUUUUUGUAUCUUUUUAACAUUGAUCAAUUUUACUGAUUUUUAAAGUCUUCCUCUUAUUUUUUCCUUCAAAAAUAUUCAUUGUUAUAUAGCAGUGAUGGCUGAUGGUGAAACUAUACCAUGGAUGCCAGAGACUUCAUGCAGAGUACUCUGCUUACAUAUCCACUGGGCCUUCUAACCCCACCCCCAAGAGUUCUUUUCUAGAAAGCUAGAGGGACUCUGGCAGAGCUGCUCCCCUCCCCUCUGACAGGGCCUAAUGACAUUUUUCACAUCCCCUUCCCCCACCUUUGCCCAAUAGUCCAGUAGUAGGGGGCAGGGUUAAGGUGGUCAGUUCCUAGGCAACCAGGUUGGAGGGGAGCAGAUCUCUGGGGCCAUUCUCUUUCCCUCUCUGUGCUCCCCGAGGGCAUUACUCAUUUCACCCACCACUCUGCCCAAUGGGAGCACUUCCUCCCUCCCUUGGGGGGGCUGGGAAUGCCUAGCCCUCAGUGUCCGGGAGGGGCACAGCACUCUGUCUGGGGGUGCGGUGGGGGAGCCCAGCACUGUUUCUAAAAGGUUUGUCGUCACUCUCAGAGGAGGGAGGUGGAAUACUAAAACAUGUAAGCAAUAUAAAAGCAAAAAAAUCAAAAUUUAACAUUUUUAUUAAGUUUAGUUAAAUUUUUUAAAAGACUGAUUUUUAAUAUAAAAUUGCAUAGCACUAAAGGUUUUAGAAGAGGCUUUAAAAUGUAAAGUCAAAUGUUCUUUUCCUAUACUAUCUUUCAUAACCAAGACAUUUGUUAAAACAUAAGUUUUCAUUUGUUUUCCUUUCCUUAUUAAAUCUUACACUCAGAAUCAAAAGCAGCUAAGUGGAGCUUAGCUCAUACUCACUGUUAAAUAGCAAAAGAGUACAGCAGGCAGAAUGCCUGGCCCUUAGUCAGGAAGACCCAACUUAUUCACCUCAGUUAUUUCCUGGCUCGGUGACCCUGAGCAGGUCAUUUAACCCUGUUUGUCUCAGCUCCUCAUCUGUCAAAUGAGCUGGAGAAAAAUGACAAACCGCUCCAGUAUCUGCCAAGAAAACCCAAAAAAGGGUAAAGAGUCGGAUGUGACUGAAAAAUGACUAAAGGGCAAGGAGCGAAUGAAUGUGAAACAACUACUUUACUCGCCUUUUAACCACGUUGAUGAAUAAGACACAAAUUGAUUGUCCAUGGUGAAGGGCUGCUGGAGAGCAAGGGCGAGAACACUGAAACCUUGCCCUCAGCACUGUGACAGCGCCUGCCGCGGGGAAUUCUUUACAGGCGGCCGCUCAUUGGUCGCAUUGCCCUCCUGAGCUACAAAGCCCACGUGACCCACAUCAAGUGGUGUCCAAGGUCCCGAAGUCGUGGUGGUCUCGGGCGUCCCCACCGUGGCCAUUCUAGGCCCAAAUCCUCACGUCCUCUCUGCUCAGCACUUUAGAGACGAGUCAGAGCCACGUGUUUCCAAAGACAAGAAAGCGGCGCUUUGAGAUGGCGAGGAUGGACACGAAAAGACCGGUGACUGCCAAGCCCCAGCUGUGUGUGUCUGCGGCCGGUAAGGGUGCGAUUAGAUCGGGAACUGGAGGAGCUGAAAGAGCAGAUACCGUGGGCCGCCGAGGGGAAGAAGAUGACACGAUGAAUGCUGUUGGGGUAGCUACAUGCAGGACUCACGACGGAGCCAGGCUUUGUUGUAAAACUCACUGAGGUCCGAACUGAGUGGCUUGUGUGGGAGCUCCCUGCCUCCUUCCAUGGGCGCUGGGUAUAGGGCACAUGCUCGUCUCUCAGAGCCCACAGGGAGAGCUUGGAGGCAGGGAGAUCAAAGGAGGAGCAGCCCGGACUGACAAGAAGCCUGGCGAACCCUCACAUCCCGGGAUCUCUCCGUUUGUAGCCUCACAUACAACUGUGUAGCCAGGACAUUACAAGCCAUGCUACAUUAAAAACUUGAAGACUUA